AUGGACCUAAUUCUCAUCAAUACUACUCGACAACAAAUGCUGUUGUUGAAUUAUGUGAGGUGCAGGUGUUUGGAUGUCCGGUAAACAGUUUUGGACCUACCUGUAGUGGAACAUGUCACUGUAGCGUGAGUGGAUGUGAUCCUGAUACCGGACUAUGUGACGUCAAUGGAUGUCAGAGUGGAUGGAUGGGGCUUACCUGCUCUGAAGAAUGUGAAAGUGGCAAAUUUGGCAUGAACUGUAGCCAUACAUGUCAUUGUUUACAACCUGGAUGUGAUAGAGAAACCGGAAGUUGUAUGGUACCAGGAUGUGAAGCCGGAUGGCAAGGGAGUGCUUGUGAUCAGAAGUGCGGAACCGGCAACUUUGGCGAUAAGUGUUUACAGGCAUGUCACUGUGCUUUACCGGGGUGUGACCAAUUCAACGGGAGCUGUACACAACCAGGAUGUGAACCUGGAUGGACAGGAAUGGCUUGUGAUAAGGUUUAUAAUUGA